AUGUCAGCAGAGGACCAAAGCAUCAUUGAGAAUAUGAUGGCAGAUUUUGGAAUGGAAGUGGAGGUGUUCACACAUACAGCACCUCCAGGUGGGGAGCACAAGGCAUUCAAAGGGCUUGCUCAUCAACUGGCAGAUCUCACUGAUAUGUCGGAUCAGGACCUGUCAGGCGUCAAUGCUUCGUUUUUGAUUAAUGACAUUGAACUCAUUGAUACUUUCACAAGAAGGCACACACAUCUACAACCAUUACCAUUGCAUCAGUACCCAAAUGAAACUCUUAUCUACUUUGGGUACAUUGGAAAUUUCCUAUUUGGGUUACAUGACCUUGCAACGCAUUGCAAUGACCCAAUGACAAGCCUAGGUUUCAACAUGUUGCAAUAA